CACUUGUCCAGUGCGACAUUUGACGUUUGACUUUUGAGUUUUCAUCAAAGUUUUGAUUGCUUUCGCAAUAGACUUCUAGAAAUAUUUUUAUUAUUAUAUAUAAAUUUAAAACAAGAAAAUGGUUCAAGCGUGGUACAUGGACAAUGAAACUACUGACCAACGAUUGGAACAUCAUAAAAAUCCACCGGAAUACAUUUCUCUUGAACAUUUGUUUGAAAAAACUGGUGUUGAAUAUUUCAAGUUGAAUGUAGACACAUAUGCAACAGACGGUGUUCUAUCCAAGCUGAAAAAGGAGCGAGGAUAUACUUACGAAGAUGAGAUGACCUGCUCCAAGGAGUGCCUUGCCAACUAUGAGGAGAAGAUCAAGUCCUUCUACACGGAGCAUCUACACACUGAUGAAGAAAUUAGAUUUGUUUUGGACGGGUCGGGGUACUUCGACGUGCGUGACGGCGCCGACCAGUGGAUCCGCAUCGCUGUGAGCGCGGGCGACAUGAUCGUCAUACCGAGCGGCAUAUACCACAGGUUCACGCUCGACACGAAUAACUACAUAAAAGCGAAGAGGUUCUUCAUCGGCGAGCCGGUGUGGCAGCCCUACAACCGGCCAGCUGACGACAUGGAAUGCCGCAAGGAGUAUGUGCACAAACUACACCAGGGCUUCGCUCAGGCAGCUUCGUAAAUACCAUGUCAAUCAGAAAUGAACAUAUAGUUAAAGUGGUUAAUUUUAUGUAUUUAUCAACAGUUAUAGUAUACUGUAGGCAGCGCAGUUACAGCCCAUUAAAAAAUAUAUUGUACUAGUAGGCCUGAUAGUCAUUUUCAAAUUAUCACACUUGUAUAAAACAAAAUGUGACCACAUUUGGGUUUCAAUAACAGCGCCACUUAUGGGGUCCAAACUUCUAUGAUUCUUGCAAGAACUGAUUAGACUUUCAAAAAACGUCAUUGCAAUUGAUUAGGUGAUUUUAGAGAUUGACAAUUUUCACAAAUUUCCAAACAUUUGCCUUUUCCUAUUGAUUUUUCACAAUUCUUGGAUAUAAACCAUGUCCAGAUAAUUAGAAACAAAAAAAGCAAAUCAGUCAAGUCAGUCGAGUCUUGCUCAAGUGAUGCUCUUAUAUACAUUUGACCACUGUUUUUUUUGUAUAGACAUUUUAUCUUAGAAAAGCAGUUGCAAUAUUUGAUAUAAUAUGUAUUUAAUAUUUAUCCCUAGGGUCGGUUAGGUAGGUAGGGUAUAAUAAUGAUUUAUAUAACUAAUGUAAUUCAUUGGAAACUACAUCAAAUGUCUUGGUGUGACAAAGGUUUUGAAGCAAAUAUAUAAAAGUGCCCAAUACUAAAGUAAAAUGUGAUAAUGUAUAAGAUGUUUAUAUUUCUAGUGUAGUGCCGUUGUUAAUCUGUUAUUAGCUUAAGAAUAAAGCGUUUUUCCAAGAAAUUAAAAAAUAUUUGAUUCAAUUUUCUCAUUCAGAAUGAGUAGACUUUUUUUUUUUAUUCAAUGCCCUUAAGUAGUGCGGCUAAAAGCUAAUUAACGUAAGUUAUAAAUCACUGCAAAUUUUCUGGUAAUAUGUAAAUCCAAACAUUGAAGAUGCAACAUCAUGAUUUGCAGGGAGUUAUAAUUAUGAUUUGUCUAUUUUCUUCUUCCUUCGUCUUUUGGCUUUCACAGUUUAUCUGUGAUUUCAGGUUAGUAUUUUAUUUUAUUCUAUAAACAGAAUUUUAAACAGUUUCAUACUAAUUUUAAAACACACUUGGAAUAAUAAGUUUGCUCAAUUAUAUUUAUUUUCCAUCAAAUUCUAUUUUCAAUAAAACAGUUUACACUAAAGGCAACUAGUAUGAAAUAUACUUUUUCACAGAUUUUUUAUUUUGAUAAAGCAGCUUACAGGUUACAAUGGUCUGUAUUUAUAUUACUCAUAUUUUUUAACAAGUUUAUCAAAAGAUUUCUUCAUUUAAAAUCUAAAAUAGAAAGCACUAUCAAAAUCCGGUGAAAAAUGGUCUUGAACGUUAAAAAACGAUGGAAGGGCUAAAUGUCAAAAAACGAAAUAGAGACGCAAUAAUACCUUUGUGACGUCAUGAGGAAUUACAAUACACAAGACAGAAGGAGAUGAAACUAUUACCCCACUGCGCGCCCAUUCUUGCACAUUGCAAUAUUUGAAAUAAGAAUUACUGCUACAUUUUUAAUCAAUUUUAUUGCGCGUUUCACAAAAUAGUUUUGCUUUCUUACUAUUUGCAAUUACGUAUAGAAUAAUUGUGAAAAUCGUGAAAGUAAAAUAUCCCAUUACAAAGAUUUAUAUAGCGAUAAGUAUUUCUAUAACACGUUAAAUUGUAGAACAGUCAAGUAAAGUUUUAUUUUUCAUUUGCGUUCUAUAAUUAUCGUAGUCAAAUUUCUAAACACGAAAUCCCGAUCCAAUUUCGACUAAAAAGAAUUAUAUUUGAUAAUAUGGAAACACUAUGACAUAAGUAACUUUUUUAUAUUUCCAUAAAUACUCAUUUCACAUUGACCAUUUAUUUUUAAAGCGAAUAUUGAUCCCCUAAUGUUAAUGAAAUCGAAAUCUAAAAUCUAUUUUUUUAUUAUAAAGUGAUUUAAUCUUUAUAUUAUACAAUAUGUUAUCUUUUUAUGUAUAUGUUGAAUAAAAAUAUAUGGUUUACA